GUCUAAAAAAACAAUGAAUCAUAAAUAUUCAAAAAGUUUAAAACGUAAAAGACUAAAACAUAUAUGAGGUUUGUUACCUUGGAAAAUUUACUAGAGCAGCUGGUGGAUAUAGGGAUGGAAACACAAUGCAAAUUGAUUAGUAGAUUGAUUUGUCUAGUGUUGAUGCUCCUCGUUUCAACAGCUAAUACGAAUAGAACCUUUUCAACAACGAAACAUGUGAAAAUUGAUUUGCGCAACAAAAUGAGCGAUGGAUUUCUAGUCGAUUGCUCAAGUAUUUUAUUUGAAACAGUGUAUACUAUUGGUAUGGAUGUGGACUCCAUUAUUAAUGCAUUCGCUAAAUUAAAAUACUGUCGUGUACAAUUUACAUUGUAAAAAAAUUAUAAUCAUUAUAUUUAUUUUACUAUUUUAAUUUUCUAAUAAAAUGAGGCCCAGUGCACUUCUUUGUUCUGGAUCCGCCGCUGCAGAAAGGGACUCACUACCCCGUCAAAACAAGUGUCCCUCCACAGCCACAAUAUAUCUCGUAAAACUCGGACCAGCCCAGUGCGAACCAUUCAGAACCAGAAGGGCUCCAUCAACCAAAACCUGCAUGUGAAUUGUUCGAACGACUACCACUCACUCACCAGCAAAGAAAAUUGCAUAAUAUAGGAAAUGAGAACCGUUUAGGGUGAUUUUCCAAUUACUCCUCACCUCAAUAUUUUGCAUCAUUUUGAUAUUGAAAUUUAAAGUAAUGGUUAUUGUACUCAAAUACAACAAAAGUUUCGACAUAAAACAAAACAAUACAUUUGUACUAUUGCAUGUAGUUUUAAAAUUUCACCUCUUAAUCACACUCAACUAAACGACUUCUCUUUGACACAUUUGAAAAUUGCAUACAAUUGUAAACAAACUUCAUCCAAAGCGUUAACGAGAAAACCAAAAACUCAGUUAAUUGCACGCCAUUAUUACGAACUUCCCUAUCAAUUACACCCAGCUGCUUGGAGAGGCGGAGAUGCAUUUCUCUACUCAGUACUCACAACCAACUGCAUUCCCCUUCCCCAUCCCCAUGGCUUUCGAGCACAUACAAACAACAUGUUCUCGAGGUAGAGGAACAAACAGCCACGAAACACCAGUCCUUACUGAUCUCAAAUCACACGACACCACCAAACCAAGCCUGCCUAUAUAUAUAUAGUGACCACAAUCAUGCCUGCCCAACACAUAAACCUGCUCAAUCUGUAGAAAAACUGAAACAACAUUUUAAAGGCAAGAGGGAACACUACCAAUACCAAAUAUGGAGACCAAAAGGCUGAUCAUUGUACUGGCAAUGAUGCUGCUGCUCACCGCCGGCCACUGCCACUCGUCUCCCUCCGACGGCUACUACAAACGGCACAAGAAGUCCAAGUGCAGCCCACUCUGCUUCGGGGCGUGCGCCAUCGGCGGCAAGGGUUUCAAGUGCUACGGCCGCUGCAUACUGAAGUGCCUCUUCCCGCCCGGGGGCGAGCCAGACCACAACAAUCCCCAGGCCAUGUGCUUGGCCAACUGUGUUGUUCCCGCUUGCGCCGAGCUCGUCACCGCAGAUGACCCAUUCUCCGAUGAAGUGGAGAAUUGCCUGGAUUCUUGCAAAGACAACUGUGCAGAAAAGAGGUUUGAUGAGUCGCACCACCACCAGCUCAAUCAUUCGCCAUGAAGAAGAUCAUGGUUUGGUUGGGCGACGAAGAAGCAACUAUGCAUGUGGACAUGUCUCUUUCAAGUAUUUGAAUCAUAUAAUAAUGUAAGAAUAAGGUUCAGGCUCCCAUCAGCUUUCACUGUAGUAAGAUAAAAGAUGAAAUAAAAUGGUUCAUGCAACCACUGACAGAAUAAUAUAAGUAAAUGCAUAUUCCAAGAGAGUGAUCAACACCUAAGAAGUUCAUGUCUGCAGUCUGCUUGUCUCACAUUUCGGUACCAUUGAUAAAAGGGGAGCAGCUGCAUUAAAUAUUCAAGCAUUCCAUGUUCUAAUCUCGAUCCAUGACUACUGCUGUUCCAGAACCAAGUAGAGUGAAGACAUAAAAUGACAUGAAAGGA